AUGGACAACCAAGAAGGGUUCGACGAUGGGUUCGACCAUUCGUUAGAAAAGCGGACUAUCAAGGAAUUCUUCGAUAAGCUCUUCAGCCCGUGGUGCAAGGCUUUCCCAAAGUCACUGGGAUGUCCUAAGCCAGAAGAGCCAAUGGAGGAGACACCGCCGGCCACGACGCCAACACCAACACCGGCACCGGCACCUGUUGCAACCCAGCCUCCUGCAGUUGUAGCACCACCGCCGGCCGAAACAAAGCCCACGAGUCCUCCCGUGGUCACUCAACCACCGGUAGUGGUAGCACCACCAGCCACUACUGCUCCCGCAGUCGUGAAGUCUUCAUCAACAACUAGCAUUACGCCACAACCAACGAAGGAACCCGAACAAGCGCCGGUAUCAAAUCCUGGGUCGGGGUCAAGUGGGGGAUCUGGGCAGGGCAACGGAUCAGCAAGCGGUUCUGGUUCAGGUGGCGCGGAUAGCAACUCCGGGAAUGCUGGAAAUGGAGGCUCCGACUCUGGUCACGGAAGCGCGGAACCUGUCGGAUCUGAUAACGAUAACAACGCCGCCGUCCCACCACUGAGCGUGACUUCGGAUAAAGCUGAAGUACAGCCCACGGCUACUUCAGGCAGCCAUGCUGGGAACGGAUUUCUCCCUGGAAAGGUCCUGCUCGCCGCUCCAGCGCCGGUUGCGAGUCACUCAUCCGAGUCGGGCGACAACACCGCUGGGGAUGAGAGUGGUGAUGCUAAGAAUGGAGAUAACAAGGAUGGGGAUAGCAAGGAUGGGGAUAGCAAGGAUGGGGAUAGCAAGGAUGCGGAUAAAUUGGUAGAAGGUUCUCAGCCUUCGCCUACUUCCUACCAUUCGGCAAUCCAGCAUAACGACCAAAGCAUUCCUACUACGCUCUCCACUGCAUGGAUCGCCGCUGGCACCCCCACAAGCAUUCCGUCAGGGUCAUCGGGAGAGAGCACCGUCCCUGGACAAGUAGCUGGAUCUGAUGACCCCUGGAACCCGGAGCUCAACCCUACUCCCGGCUCAACCCACACCCAAACUGGCGGAGGCGCAACCGCAAGCGAGACUCCCGCCGUGGACGCGCCCAAGACCAGUUCCACGGGUCUCGUAUCUGGUAUUGCCGGUGGCGUCAUCACCAUCGUGAUCCUCUUCCUGGUCUUAUUCGUCCUCCUCUUCAAAUACCGCCGCCACCCCCGCGUCCAAAACUUCCUCAUCAAGUACACCCCCCUGAAAGUAGCCGCCUACACCAAGCGUGACAAGAAACGUUCCUCCAUGGGCAAAGGCCUACUCUACGAAGAUGAGCCAUCCUCACCCACCUCACCCACCAUGCAAGAAAAGGGUAAAAACAUGAACUACGGCACCAUCCUCCCCGCCCCCGUCACCCAGCCCAACCCUACGGCCUGCCGCUCCCCCACCAGAACCAACCAAACACCACCACCGCUCAUCGACACUAGCACCCACAGUGCUGGUGCCAGCGUCGGUGCCGGUGGUGUCAGGUCCCCAAGGUCACCCAGGUCUCCAACACCCGAUGGAUGCGGCCACAGCAUGUUCGAGCGCUCGCCCACCGGAAUGUCCGAUUACUUCCCUCAACCGCCCUCUCCCACACACUCCAACCACUCGCGCGACGCGCGCAACAGUGUGGACUCGCUCGGCGGAGUUAGUAUCGCCAGCAGCGGCAUCUUUUCGCCGAGCAUGAUGUCCUGGACCAUCCCACCUUCUACGGCCGAUAGCGCUACCGUUUCCUCCAGGGCCUCGCCGCCGAGUACAAGCCAUAGUCAGGCAAUGCACUUCCAGCCGUUGCAGCCUACGCCGCCUAUGCCUGUGCCCGGGAGCCAGAGGCAUAGUCUGAAGAGGGAGUCACUGGUGCUGGGGUUGAAGAGGAUGUCUUUGUCGAAACAAGCGAGCCCGAGGGAGGGCCAGGCGGGACCGUCGAAUUGGCGGGAUAGUAGACCUGAUUCGUGGGGGUUCUGA